GGUGUCCAUGGUAACCGAUUAUGCGUGCUCCCGUUAAACUCAUGAGUGCGCACUUCUGUCCUCGAUAAGACUUUAAGGGCCGCGGACAUUAACUAACCAUGGACUGAACAGUUUGUGCGGGCGAAGCGGGAGUGAUGUGACUCGUUUGUCCGAGAUGAGGCGUCGUGCUCGGACCAAACUGGACAGGACGGAGUGAAAAACACGGCCGUGCUGCUGCUGCUGCUGUGGUUGUUGUUGUUGUUGUUCCUACAGCGGCCAACAUGGCUGAGGAUGACAGCGAGUGGGUUUUGGAGAGCAUCGUGGGCUUCCUGGGAAGCCCCGAGUGGGUUAUUCCUGUCACUGACUUCAUGGAAAACAAAUGCACAGUUUUUGAUGACGAAGAAGAAAAUAAAUUGUCAUACACUGAAAUCCAUCAGCAGUAUAAAAAUCUUGUGGAGAAGCUGUUGGAGAAUUAUAUGCAGGAAGUUGGAAUUAAUGAGCAGCAGUUUCUUUAUGCAUGCACCUCCCCUUUUGCCAAGUCCAAAACUUUGCAGAUCGUGUUUCAACCUGUUCUGGCAACUGACGACUUCCAGAUGUUUCGAUCACUUAUGGUGCAGAAAAACAUGGAACUUCAGCUCCAAGCUCUGAGGGUGAUGAAAGAGAGGAAUGGGGAGCUUCCCGAGUGUCUGACCCACGGGGCAGAUGUAAUGACUGAACUGCAGCAGCAGGAGAUGAAGAUUCUUCACCAGGUUCUACAGAAGUCAAAGGAGGAGUACGAGGAGGAGAUGUCGUUCAGGAUGCUGUUAGACGAAGAGAACGGUUCCACGUCCAGCAGCAGCUCAGAUAAACCUUUCCGUGAGAAGCAGGCCUCCACUUCCAGCCAACAAGACUCUACUGCCAAGGUCAGUAGCAGAACAGUCUCUUUUGAGGAGAGCAAAGCAGGAGAUGAAGACGGAGACACAGCGGCUCAGAGGUCUUCAUCAACGCACACCUCAGAAUCUACAAACGGUGUAGAUCCAGUUGUGCUUCCAGUCGUGAGGGCCUCAGUGAGGUCCAGUGAAAGUCCAGCCAGCGUCAGUCUGACGUCCAAAGAGACGGACGAGCUGCAGCUGGAGGCAGGUCACUCUGAGCCGUGUACUGAGCUGUCAGAGUCGGAGCAGGAUCAGCUCCAACAAAGAGCCACGUAUCUCCGUCAACAGAGAGACAGGCUCCACGCUCUGAAAAAGGAGCAGCAGAAAAGCAGCUACAACAGUCCACCAGAGGAGGCGCCAUCCAGCCCGACAGCAGCUCCCACUCCUCCGGAGAUCUCUGCAGAGGAGAAAAAGAGGCUACAGAAACGAAAACACCUGGCGGAGAAGUUGAAAGAAGAAGUCAUAAAAAAAUAACGACCUUCCUACUGCAAUAUUUAACUGCAAUCAAGUUUCCUCCAGCCGUCCUACACUGUUAACGUUACGAAGCUUCCUGUGCGCCACCUCCUCCGCCCGCAAAUACCCUGAAUCUUCUUCUAAACGCACAAGUGUCCAUUGUACUGCAGCCGCCACGGAGUAUUUUGGAUCGAUCUACAAGUGCAUUACCUCGGGGAGCACACGGACGUCACCAGAUGAGAAUCCGAAGCACGAAUCCAGAGUGAAAACCCUCGUUCCUCGUACGUUUAGACUCGUUCUUAUGCACCCUCACUUUUUGCAGUUUCUCCUAAUGCACAUUUGUUUUGUAAAGUCAUCCAUUUGCAGUUUUACUUUUGUUACGCAGCGUCAGAUAUGGUAGUAUUGUCUGUUUUUUUGUACAUCUCAGCUGAAAAAACGUCCUUUCGCGGUAGAGAUCGACCGAUAUGUUGGGCAUCUGCCGUCCGCCUCAAAUUUCCAGGACACGCCGAUGUUUUGUUUUGCACUCGAAGCUUUAGUUGAACACUUGUGCAAAGAGAUACCUGCGCAAAAACAUGACUACGCAGCUUUUUUAUGGGUUUGUGGUUUUAAAAAAAAGGGCUGUGGGUGAUUUUUUAGCAUAGACUGUUUAUAUAAAUGGACGUAGCUAAACUGCAACCGCCACGUUUCAAACAGGAAGUGAUCACGGGCUCCACUGACUCGACAUUACACCACGCUCCAAAUCAUUAUGCAAAUUGUGUUUUAAGUGUCAUAAAAGGUACAUUUUUUUGUGUUUUCCAGUGAAACUCAUGACCGGUCUUGUGUCUCAGGGCUCUUUGGGUCAGUGGAAUUAAACUCCUGUGCCAAUUGUUUUGCCAGAAAAGUCCAAUUAAAGGAUAAACUACUUAAGAUGGACGUUCCACAUUAUUAAGCCGACUUCAUGCAGUCUGUUUAUUACAUAAUUUGGAUAAAAUAAUCUAAAUAUCGUGAUAUCCUGAAUUCUAAACAAACCUAAACAAAUCAGUCGAUCUCUACUUUGCACAUUAGAGUUGAAAAAGUUUUGGCGGCAACAAGAACUCACUUUAAUCAUCCCAGUGUAAUAAUUUGUACACCCUGUGGCAUAAAUUGUUCAAUAAAUUAUUUUAUAUUAACU